UUGAUACCUACUAGCCCCAAUCCACUAUUCUUUAUUAUCCUACCAUCCUGUGGAGAAACCAGGGAAGGAUGGCCCAUGUGCAAGCAGCAACUGUCCUGCUUUUAAUGUUCAUAAUGUGCAUGGGAGUUAGCUGUCCUCCCUGCAUAACAGGAAAUGCAAUAGAAGAGGAGCUGCUGGGGAUGCUUCUCAGUGAGAUAGCCAAGGAGAUGAUCCUUUCGAGGCUUCGCUUGAAGGAAAGGCCCAAUGUCACCUUUCCAGCUUCAGGAUAUAAUGUGCAGGAAGCUCUGAAGAAACUAGAUACUCAGGAAGACCCACACCAGAACUCCAGAGUGGAAGGGCAAGUAUACAAGCAGCUAAGCUUUGCAAAACCAGGACGGUCGCUGUUCAACGGAAUCCGCUUGCACUUUGGCUGCCGUCUACAAGAAGGAAGGAACAUAGAACUAUUGCAAGCUAGCCUAUACUUUUUCUGGCCACUCAACAGCCAACCUAGCCAGAGGGUCACAGUGAGGCUACUUCUCCCAAUGCCCAAUGGUUCAAAUCUGACGCUUAUUGGUGAAAAAGAACUGGAACUGAAGGAGAAAGGAUGGUCCACACUCGAAGUAGGAUCAGUUUUCCAGGCUUGCUUCAGCCAAGGCCAUGAGGUGCUGACAGUAGAUCUAGAGACUGAAAGCCAACAAGAACUUCCCCUCCUGUUGACCAACAUGAGCUCUCACCAGCCAUUUAGGAUUGUCGAAGCUCGGGAACUGGCCGUGCAUCAACUCCACCGUCGGGAACUUGAAUGUGACAGAAGAUCCAGGUGUUGCAAAAAGAGUUUCUAUAUUAGUUUUAAGGACGUUGGGUGGGAUGGAUGGAUUGUCGCUCCUCUGGGCUUUCAUACCAACUAUUGCACUACACUAUGCGAAGAGAACAUUGCUCCCUCCGUGCAUGAUUUUCUUAGCAACUUCGUGGACAGGAUUGCACACAGGAACAAGUCUUCCCAUUGUGUCCCUACAGCAUUCAAGCCCCUCUCUCUCCUGUAUAUUAUGGAUGACAGCAUUGUUUUUUCCAGUAUUCCUGAUAUGAUUGUUGAGGAUUGCAGCUGCAGCUAGCUUAAAAAAAGGAAUGACGGUGACCAAGUAUGAGACUCACCCAUGGGGAACAGAAAACAUUACUAAAUUAUAGAACUAAUUCUGGGUGCCUCUCCCACCAUCACCAGCAUGAACUCUGCACGUGCAUAGUGCAAUGGAAAUAUCUUCUAUAUCUUAUCAAAGUUACCUUCUACAUAAGUAUUAAUGACUGAGUGAAGCCAUAUACCUCAUUUUCUGCUACCUUUCAACUAAAGGCAUGGCUUCUUCCU